UUCCUCCCUAUUUUCCUAAAACACACAAAAGAAAAUACUCUCUUUCCUAAUUUCCCCACACACAACAACCAAACACACCCUGGCCACAUGACAUUUCCAAAGGUUGGGACAACCAGCCAACCAAGAAGCCUUUAAUACCCCCUUUUGAAUUAAUGGUUAGAUUGAGUAUAGUAGCUAGCUCUUUUUUUUUUCGCGAAACGGGGCGCUUAAAGGCACCCCAAUAAUGUCAUGGUACAACCAAUAAGAAAGAGCAGCAUCAGGUGCUGCAAUAACAUGGGAACCAACUGAACACAAAUGCCCUAAAUUAGCGAGAUAAUCUGCAACAACAUUUGCCUCCCUGUAAACAUGGACAAUGUGCACUUACCAGUCUCUCGCGAGCCAACAUCGUAUUUUCGACGACGCUUGUGUAGUGGCGAUGGUGUGGUGUGGCGACUUCAAUAUAAUAGCUAGUUAGUCAAGUACCAAAACAAAAUACCCAUCUGUAUUUUUCUCUUCCUUUUAUAACAGUAACAACAAAACAACUGGAUCAGAAAAGUUGGGCAGCCAAGCAUUUACUAGUUACCAACACAUUCACAUUCAUUCCACCACCAAACAACACUGAUCAAACAAUGAUUUCAAAACAAAAUAGUCUUUCCCCAAACUUAUAUCAUUACAACUUUCAAUAAUAAUAAAAUGUCAUUACAAUUUUACAAUCAUUAAUUAAUAAAAAGACCGCAACGAAGUUAGGAUGUUGUUGGAAGUUCCCCACAUUUAUUGCCCUGCUUCCAGAAUAAAAACCAUCACAGUCUUUAACCCUUCCAAGUUCCAACCUUCUUUACACAGAACACAACAUUUCCCCACAUCCCCAAAAAAAGAAAAAAAACAGGAUAUACGUUUCUCCUCUCCCAAACACUUUCCCGGCCACAAUGUCCCGCCGAUCACCCGCCGCCUUCGCCGCGGCAAUCCUGUUAGCCAUCAUCUCCGCCGUCUCGGCCCAGACGACCAUGGCUCCCGGACCAGCUCCCUACUACAACCCGACGACGGGCCCCGCGUCCCCAGGAAGCGGCGGCGGAGGAGGUGGAGAAAUGGCGCCGGCGCCGGCGGUGGACUGCAUGACGCAGCUGUUCAACCUGUCGGACUGCCUGUCGUACGUGACCACGGGUAGCAACCUGACCAAACCGGACAAACCGUGCUGCCCGGAGCUGGCCGGUCUGGUCGACAGCAACCCGAUCUGCCUCUGCUCGCUGCUCACCCUCAACGCUUCUGAUUACGGGUUCGACAUCGACAGGAGGAGAGCCCUCGGGCUGCCUUCCGCCUGCUCCGUUGCCACACCUCCCGCUAGCUUGUGCCCAGGAAUUGGCGGAAGUCCGACAGGUGCACCGUCCCCAAGCCAGGGAGGAGGAGGAGGAGCCGCCGGCGACGCUCCUGCCGGAGGACCGAUGAUGGGACCUUCACCGUCGAGCAGCGAGAACGGCGGCACCGGAACCGGACCGUCGGGCCAGGGCUCGCCAACAGCCAGCCUCAGACUUUCCACACAUUUACUAUUCACCACCACAACUUUGUUCCUCCUGUUUUCCACAUCCUUCUUCCACAGCCACUGAUGGAUGACUUAUUGGCUUCCACACUAUGCAAGUGUUCACAUUGACCCAAGUGCAUUGAGUCGUCUUCUAGCUAUUUCCCACUACCCAAACUUUUCCACGAGUUCACUUUUGGCUCCAUUACUAUUAUUGAUUUGAUUUUGUAUCAUCGUGUCAUAUGUUGGUUUUGGCCUUGUUGCUUGUCGUUAUUGUUGUAUGAGGCUACUAGUAUACAGUGCAUCAGCUAACUAGCUCUCCACCAUCAAUAAUUUUAUAGGAAAGUUCUCAUGAUUCAAUUCUUCUUUUCCUUUUGUGACUUUUCUUUACCAUCACAUGAACUCUCAAUGUACUAUUUGUACUUUUGGUAUUGGAAUUGGACCAACCCUUUCACCUUUUGCCAUUGAACAACGAACGGACCUCCCAAUCGUCAGCAGGAUUUAUCACGUCCGCCCUUUGGAACACUUCCUUGGUCAGGUCGAACGAAACAAACUGAGUGUUAUCCCUGCGCGCAAUAGCAUAUCGAAAUCGUGAUUCUAAGUAGAAGUGUUCCGGUAAUUACUAGAAGCGUAGAUUUUGACUAUACACUUGUACAGUACGUGAAAAGCAGCGUGAUUACUAGAAGCUAUGUUCUGGUGACCUGAAAGUGUAAAAAAAACAGAUAAGGUUAUAAAUUUUAAAGCGCGCGCGAUUUCGACGGCACUCACCUGCAGAAUGAGUCCUUCCUCCACCAGUACGACUUCCCCUUGUAACUCCGAGGCGCUUGGCGAUACAAAACCAGAGGAAGAAAAGGGUCUUCGUCGUCGGAGAAUCGGCAUCCGCCGGUGGUGUCGAUUCUCUUCCACGAAUCGUUCCUCAAGCUGUACACCUCCACAAAGUGAUCGAAGGGAAGCCCUUCUUGAUCAUCUUCAUCAUCAUAAUAAUAUUGAAUGUAUCUGACAACUUUGUAGUCAUUCGUUUCCGGAUCGAAACCGAACCCAACUGUAUGAACCCACGCGCUGGCUGUACGGAAGGUUGAAAAGUGUAGGCGGCAGAACCUUGGUUUCUUUGGUCGCCAGAUUCCAGAGAAUCGCGUCCCCGGCCGUUCGUCUGCUUCGGUCGUAUAAGCACAACAGACCGUAGCAGCACCCGGCGAUGUUGUAGUCUUGCAAAUUGAAGGGUACGUCGUCCUCGACCGGGAGUAAUUUUUUUGGAAAUUUUUUGCUGUCACGUACGAGAGGUACACCUAACGAUGUAAUUUGUUGCAAUACUAUAUUUAUUCACGUAAGAGUGUAAGUUUAGUUUGUAUAGGUUAUAUUUUAUGGAAUUAAUUUUGUUAACCUGUAAAAAUGUGUUGCAUUGAUCAUAAUCUAUACAAUGACAACCAUUUUGAUAAAUUUCAAAGUUUAAA